UCGGUACCCCCUCCCCUCCUAAGCGCUCAGGUGUGAGUGUGUGGUAUUUUGUAGAGGAAUUUGUUCUCUCAAAAACUAGGACCUGGGCAGCCCAGAGUAGGCACCUGUGCCUUGACCCUCUCUGUGGCCACGGUCUGAGCUGUCUGACCUCAGUUGCCCGCCCCCCUCACCGCCCCGACUUUUCUCCUCUUUGCAAACCCAGAUUGCUGCCCGUUAUUGUUCUCGCUGUCAAAUGGGGGUGCUUUCAGAAGGCCGCCAAGUUGGGGUGUGUUCUCUUUAUCCCGUUUUUCAAAGAAUACAAGGCCUCUAAGGCUUACCCCAGACCACCAACCCCCUCUGCCCUUCCACUUCCCAUUGAGGCACUGAUUUUUUUUUUUUCUUAUCUAAUAGUAUUUUAUUGUACUGGAGCCACGCCCUGGUUUCUUAAAGGCGCCUUGCACUCUGUUUGGCCAUGUGUUAUCUCUGCAGCCGGUGUGUGGGAGGCCUCCUGUGAGCCACCUAUUUUUUCCUGCCUCCCAUACUUCCUUCCACCCCCCCUAAGGAUUCUGGGAUGCCAGGAGGGAAGAAGGUGGUGGGGGGCGCUGCUGCCCCCACUACUGCCGCUGCAGCCUCCUCUGGGGUCAGGCAUUUGGAGACCAACGAAGGAGCUUCGGCCCAGAGAGAUGAUGAGCCAGAGGAGGAAGGGGAAGAGGACCUGCGAGAUGGAGGUGUCCCCUUCUUUGUUAACCGGGGUGGGCUGCCCGUGGACGAGGCCACCUGGGAAAGGAUGUGGAAGCACGUGGCCAAGAUCCACCCCGAUGGAGAAAAGGUGGCCCAGCGGAUCCGUGGAGCCACGGACCUGCCCAAGAUCCCCAUACCGACUGUGCCUACGUUCCAGCCCUCCACGCCCGUCCCUGAGCGCCUGGAAGCCGUGCAGCGCUACAUCAGGGAGCUGCAAUACAAUCACACAGGGACCCAGUUCUUUGAAAUUAAGAAGAGCAGGCCCCUCACAGGGCUGAUGGACCUGGCCAAGGAAAUGACCAAAGAGGCUCUGCCAAUCAAAUGCCUGGAAGCUGUGAUCUUGGGAAUUUACCUCACCAACAGCAUGCCGACCCUGGAACGCUUCCCCAUCAGCUUCAAGACCCACUUCUCAGGGAACUACUUCCGCCACAUUGUGCUGGGGGUGAACUUCGGGGGCCGCUACGGGGCGCUGGGCAUGAGCCGGCGCGAGGACCUGAUGUACAAGCCGCCCGCCUUCCGCACGCUCAGCGAGCUGGUGCUGGACUACGAGGCCGCCUACGGGCGGUGCUGGCACGUGCUGAAGAAGGUGAAGCUGGGCCAGUGCGUGUCGCACGACCCGCACAGCGUGGAGCAGAUCGAGUGGAAGCACUCCGUUCUGGACGUGGACAAGCUGGGCCGCGAGGACUUCCGCAAGGAGCUGGAGCGGCACGCCCGUGACAUGCGGCUCAAGAUCGGCAAAGGGACCGGCCCACCCUCCCCGACCAAGGACCGGAAGAAGGACGUGUCCUCCCCACAGCGGGGCCAGUCCAGCCCCCACCGCAGGAACAGCCGCAGCGAAAGGCGGCCGUCAGGGGAGAAGAAGCCUCCGGAGCCCAAAGCCAUGCCGGACCUCAACGGGUACCAGAUCCGGGUGUGAGGUGGUGGCAGCACCCCGGCCUCACCCACUCCUGGGGGCCAGGAUCACCUGUCAGAGCCAGCCUGGCCCGGGGACGGGAGGGCUGGUGACGGGCCAGUGAGAGGCUGCAGGAAGAGCAUGUUCCAGCUCAGGCACCCGAGCUGCUGCCCCUCCUGCUGGGCCAAGCCUCAUAGCUUCGGGCCGAGAAGCAGUUAGUAUUUUAUUUCGAGUUUUUAACUUGACAACUAAAGUUUACGAUUUUUGGAGAAAACUAAAAAUGGAAUAGAUCUGCCGAUGGCUGGCAGGCCAGUGUUUAGGAGAUCUAACUGCCCCCAGGCUGGGCAGGGAGGGCCUUUGGCUCUGCGGGUCCCCCUGCCCCUGGCGACUGUCUGGGACUUGGGCCCAUCCCUGUGCGGGAGCUCUCCCAGCCCGCUGCGCCUGUGGCGGGGGGCACAGCAAUGGGGGUGUUCCUCGGCUUGCAUCUGCCCUGGCAGCAUCUCGCUCGACCCAGGGAAGACGAAGCAGGGCAGAAAGCAUCCUGGGAGAGGUCUGCGUGGCCCACGUGUGGUGGCACAGCUGACACCUCUCCCAAGUGUGGAAGGCCGUGGCCCAGAAGCCCCGUGGACGGACGGUACCACCGGUAGACACUGUCCACUGGCGCCCAGGAGAGAACCACGGCGGGUAGAGUUCUGGGCACCCAGCCCUUUCCGCUCAGGCCAGCUCUGCCUGCUGCUGAACCUGGGGCUCCCUGCAGAAGCGCUAGGCUUUGUUGAGGGCUCCGCCUUGCACUGGGCUCAGUGUGAUUGUGGGGACUGAGCAGAGCGGGUGGGUCCAGGAACAGUGGCCGGAGACAGGGUGAUGCGCUCAGGCCUGGGUCUGACCCCAGCGGGUGGGCCCUGCCUCCUGGCUUUCUAUCGCCUCAGCCCUUGCUGGGUGAAUGAUGACCAGACCGGAAUGCUUGUGCCCGGGCCCACCUCCCCUCAGUCAGCAGCCUGUUUCGGUCUGGGGGUCCCAGUGACCAUCGGGCCUGCUGUCAGGGACGAACCUGAACAGCCAGCGUCUGUGCAGCCUUCCUGUCUGGCACGAGGGAACUGGCAGGCAGGUGAGAGGUUGUGGGAAGCGGUUGAUGGGGCAAUGAGGAGGAGGAGGAGCAGGGCAAGGGGACAGUGUGGCCCCCGAGGAGGGGCAGAGCCUGAGAGCUGGGAGGGGUACGUGAGAAAAGGAUGUGGGGGGAGUGUAGAGUCGGGCUGCCUUGGGAAGUAGUGAGUUCCUGUUGCUGGAGGUAUUCAAGCAACGACUAGAUGGCUGCUUGCCAGGAAGCUGUUGAGAGGAGUCGGGUUAUGGAAGCGUAGCUGGAUGGUUCCUUUCUACUGAGAGGCUAUGAUUCAGCCAGGGUCAGUAAGGCUGCAAGGGGGCUGGGAGCCUGGGAAGGGGAAGGUCAGAACUACAGUUAGAAACUGAAAUGCCUUACAGAGCCGGGCAGGUGAUUAAAAGGAGGACUGCAGGGCUGGGUGAGGACUGCAGCAAACUACAGAGGGCAUUAACCCCAUUAAAGCAGCUGCAGCUGCUCAGUUUUUCUCAGAGUGCAAGCCCUGCAUUGCCAGAUUUUCUGAUUUUUUUAGAGGCCAGAACUCUGAAUUUUUAUGUGAGAUACCCUGAUUUUUAAAUGUUGGCAGUCAGUUCAGGAAAUUUAAAAAACCAACAUGAAGGAGCAUGUGGGUCUGUAAUCUCUGCAGCACAGAGUUGUGCUGGGGAAUGGGAGGUAUGGAAGUUCCAGGCUUGCCAGGCAAGCUGGGCCAAGGCAGGCUGGGCCGGGGCAGGCUGGGCCAGGGCAGGCUGGGCCAGGGCAGGCUGGGCCGGGGCAGGCUGGGCCGGGGCAGGCUGAGCCGGGGCAGGCUGGGCCGGGGCAGGCUGGGCCGGGACAGGCCGGGCCGGGGCAGGCUGGGCCAGGGCAGGGCCUUGCUGCUGAGGCUCCCAGAGUGGGCAGCCACCCAUGUCCUUCCAUCUCACUCCCUGCAGACCAGAGACACACCAGAGACCCCAUGGCUGCCCUGUCACCAGAGGGGGUGGAGUGGAGUGGAGAGACUGCAGCUCUCGACCCGCCCGGGGCAUGGACGGUGCCCUGAAGCAAGGAAAGAGGAGGGAGGGAAACAGACUUCCUUUGCUGAUGCAAGUGCUAGUCAGGGAAGGCACCAGGGGCUGGCAGCUCUGCAAACCAGCAGCUGCCAACCCUGAGUCUGGCUCAGCAAGGGGGCCAGCUGGCCAGUCCCUUGGGCUCCUCAUGGGUCCCUGGGGAGGUAUUUAACCUGCCCCCUUGGGCUACACCUCGGCCAUUGUGACCGCUGACUCACCAUCCAUCCCAGUUUUCGGCGACUGGGGUGGUGGUCCCAGUAUUGCCUCAUUCAUCUGAGGCAGAUGUGGCUCACUUUGGGGAGGCGUGAGGCCAACAACGAGGCUGUUCCUGGGCCUGUGUCUGAGUGCCCGUGCAGGCCGCUCAUCAGAGGACAUGGCCCUGGAGGCCUCGUUGGACCACAGGGCUUGAGGGCAAGAGAGGUGAGAGGGAGCUGGGAGCUCGGGUCAGGGGCACAGGGGAGCUGCUCCUGGCACAGGAGCCUAGAAAGAUGCUCCGACCCACAGCCUCUGGGGAGCAGGGAGCUGACCACCCCACGCUGGUAACCCCUGAGCUCUCCCCCUUCCUAGCUGAGACCUUGGGCCUGUGGAGACCACCACAGGAUAUAGCGGUGCUUUUUAAUUUAUUUUUAACUGUUUCUCUUAUGUAGCAAUCCCGCCGCCCCUCCGGGCGUGUUUACACAGGCUCUGCUCCCCGGGGCUGGCCUGGCUGCAGAGUUCUGGGGAGGCAGAGGCAGGGACUUCGGGGCCUUAGUUACCUACCGUCCUCAGUGUCACCUCAUCGCACUGCCUGUGAGGAGCAGGGAGCCGGGCUCCUCUCCUGACUCAGGACUGCCUUUCGGCCCUCAGCCUGGGCUCCACUGCCCCCAGAGUGCGGGCUGCUGGCUGAGGCGGGGUCGAGGUGAGCUUGGAGAAAGCUUCCGGAUGAAGGUGGAUCGGGUGGGGCUGGGUGACUGUUCCCCAAAGCCGGGCUCCGUGUGCUUGGCACAAGGAAACCGGGCUUAGCCAGCCAACCCACCCGCCUCACUGACAGUCCCCUCCCUCCCCUGGCCUCAACAGAGUCGCCUUCACCCAUCCCACCAGCCACCCCACCCUUCCUGGGCCUGGCCAAGUCAGGACAGCGGUAGCCCCAGCCCUGGGUCUGACGGGGGGAAGCCUAGGGCCAGAGUUCUGAGGAGCAGCGCCCAGAGGGGCCGUGUCUGGCUUCAGCCCUGCCACCUCACACCCCACACCCUCCAGCUGGGGCUUGACUGCCCGUCUCUGGGUCUCUGGGUCUCUGGGCUGGGUCUGAUUCUGGGCAGUAGCCAGACCAGCGGCCCGUGGGCACCUGGGCCUUGUGUCUGGGUGGUUGUCGGGCAUCGCUGCAGGAGCAUCCCCUCCCACCUACCACCCCUGGGCCCAACCUCUGGCCUCGGGGCACAGGGCAGGGAGAGCUGGGUCGGCCUGCUGACUGCAGUCCUCGCGUCAGAGCUGCCCCCAGCUGACAUUCCACUUCCCGCCUUCCCUGCCCAGGGAGAGGCCUGAGGGAAGGGCAGGGCGGUCCCCCACCCCCCUACCCAUGAGUGCAGGUGGGCACAGGCAGGUCCACCCCAGGCCAGGCAGGGCUGCGGCAGUGCUAGCUGCCAGCCCGUCAGUGUCAGCCCCUCGCUCGUCUCAGCGCUCCAGAGUCCGAGUUUCCCCUUUUCUUCAAAUCUGACAAAAGAAGAGACCGGGUGUGCUUGGCCCCAGGCGGCCAUGGUGGCUGCCCCGCUCCUUGAGUUUGCGUUGGCCUGCGUGUUGUACUAGAUUUUGUUCUUCCUCUUUUCACACAGUAUUGCGCCUCCCCUUCCACUUUUACACUUCGUCUCAUUCCUGUUCUCAGCCCCCCUCCCAAACGAAUAAAGUCUCCCCAGCUCGGGUUGUACGGGCUGGGCAGAA